AUGGGGAAAAUGGAUAGGGUGAUUGAUUUGUUGGAAGUUAUGUCUGGUGAUAAAUUCAAGUACCCUUUUGAUAAUUAUGUUUGUAGUUCUGUUAUUCUUGGUUUCGUGAGGAUUGGGGAGCCUGAACUUGCGGUUGGGUUUUAUGAAACUGCUCAAAAGUCAGGUUCUUUGACUCCUAAUGCCGUUACUUGUACGACAGUUUUGAGUGCUUAUUGUAAAUUAAGAGAUGUAAACAAUGUUUCACAUUUGGUUACUUGGAUGGAAAGUAAUAAGUUGCCCUUGGAUGUUGUAUUUUAUAGUACUUGGUUGCAUGGAUGUUUAAUGGAAGGAGUGGUUUAUGAGGCAUUUCAAAGGUAUAGAGCAAUGGUGGAUACUAAAGUUGAGUUGGAUACCAUUGCUUACACUAUCCUCAUAGAUGGAUUUUCGAAGAAUGGAUAUGUGGAAAAGGCUGUAGGAUUUUUGCGCAAGAUGAGAAAGGAUGGACUUGCACCAAAUUUAGUUACUUACACUGCAAUUAUUUUGGGGUUCUGUAAAAAAGGGAAAUUAGAUGAGGCAUUUACAGUUUUUAGCAUGCUCGGCAGGUUGGGGAUUGAAGCUGAUGAGUUUACAUAUGCUAUUUUGAUUGAUGGAGUUUGUAAAAAGGGUAAUUUUGAUCUUGUAUAUACUCUGCUCGAUGAAAUGGAGAAGAAAGGUAUAAGUCCUGGUGUUGUAACAUACAAUACUGUCAUCAAUGGAUUAUGCAAAGUUGGGAGGACAACCGAGGCAGAUGAUUUCUCGAAGGGCAUAGUUGGAGAUCUCAUCACAUAUAGUACACUUUUAAAGGGUUAUGUUGAAGAGCAGAAUUUCUCUGGGAUCUUAGAAACUAAAAGGAGACUGGAAGCAGAAGGUAUUCAGAUGGAUGUGGUCAUGUGUAGCAUACUAAUAAAAGCCCUACUUAUGGUUGGCUUGUUUGAGGAUGCACUUGCAGUUUAUAAAGGUCUACCACAAAUGAACUUGUCUCCGAACUCUGUUUCAUAUUGUACUCUGAUUGAUGGAUAUUGUAAAGUAGAUAGGAUCAAUGAAGCGCUUGAAAUAUUUGAUGAUUUCCGCCGGACCUCAAGUCCGUCAGCUGCUUCUUACAAGCGUAUUAUUUUAGGGCUCUGUAAUGAGGGUAUGGUUGACAUGGCUACUGAUGUGUUUCUUGAAUACAUGUGGAAAGGCAUGACUUUGGAUAGAAUAGUGCAUAUGACAUUGAUUGAAGCAACAUUGAACAGAAAAGGUGCAGACAGUGUUUUAGAAAUUAUCUGCAGAAUGAAAGACAUAGGGCCUCGAGAUUUACAGAUUGUCUGUAAUGAUGCCGUUUCUUUGCUCUGCGAAAUGGGUUUCCCUGAGGCAUCAUACAGUGCAUCAGUGGCAAUGAGAAGUGAAGAAUUAGCUUUGGAAAGUAUGGGUUAUUGUUCAAUAAUAAGAGCACUUUUGUUUGAAGGUAAAACGUUAUGGGCUCAGCUUAUUCUUACUUGCUUCAUCAAGAUGUACGGCUUGUCUGAUCUUUAUGUUUGUAAGACUAUUGUAAAUUACCUAUACUUGAAUAAUUUGAAAAAAGCUCUUGUAUUUCUUUCACGAAUGAAUGAGAAAAAGUGGAGUGUAACCAUUCCUAUUUCCACUUUUAUGACACUAACAAAGGAUGGAAGAGUUGUAGAUGCAUACGAGCUCAUGAUGGGAGCAGAAAGUAACCUUCCCCGUAUGUAUCUUAUCAAUUACUCCGUUAUGAUUGAUGCCCUGUGUAAAGCAAAGCACAUCAACAAGGCAUUAGAUCUCUGCACUUUAGCCAAGAAGAAGGGAUUAGUUCUCAACAUAGUCAUCUAUAACUCUGUCAUAAAUGGUCUCUGCAGCCAAGGUUGUCUGAUUGAAGCUUUUCGAUUGUUCGAUUCACUUGAGAAAAUAGAUAUUCAUCCUACAGAGGUUACAUAUGGUACACUUAUUGACGCUUUAGUUAAAGAAGGUCUUCUACAGGAUGCCAGGAUUCUCUUUGAGAGGAUGCUCCUCAAGGAAAUUAGGCCUAAUACUCAUAUUUAUAACUCGUUGAUUAAUGGAUAUUGCAAAGCAAGUCUACUUGAGGAAGCCAUAGAGAUUUUCCAGGAUUUGGAGGCACGGAAUCUUAAGCCAGAUGGAUUUACAAUUGGUGCUCUCACCAAUGGUUACUGCCAGAAAGGUGACAUGGAAGGAGCUCUUAAAUUUUUCUUCGAGUUCAAAGCUUCAGGUUUGUUACCAGAUUUUCUGGGAUUCAUGCAUCUCCUCCGGGGUUUGUGUGCCAAAGGAAGGAUGGAAGAGUCCCGGAGCAUUUUGAGAGAGAUGCUUCAGACCCAGUCAAUCAUUGAUCUCUUACAAAGGGUCGAUACUGGAGUUGAGUGUGACUCGGUGGAUAACCUACUUGUUUCUCUCUGUGAGCAAGGACGUAUUCAUGAUGCCCUUUCCUUGCUUGAAGAAGUUGGUUCACUGCUUUUCUCUGCUAAGAGUAUUUCUUCUUGGCAUGUAUUGGAUCAACAUGAACUAAAAGCAAAUCCUGAAGUAGCACAUUCAAGCUAUGCUGGAUCUGAUUUUCUUUCCCUGUCAUCCGACUACACAAAAUUGGAUGACAUGCUAAGUUCUAUUGAACCUGGAAAAAUGCAGCCGCUGAAUGAUUUUAAUUCUUUUUAUUCUCUUAUUCAUUCACUGUGUUUGAAUGGGGAGCUGGCUAAAGCAAAUAAGUUGACUAAGUUGCUAAUGAAAUCGUGA